UUCCUUUUACUUAAUUUGUAAAAUAUCUGUAAACAUUUUUUUUUUCUUCUCUCAAUUCAAAGUACAAAGACCCACGGCUAAAACUCGGAGGGCGCUGGGACCCGGCAGGCACCGGGAGCCUGCGACUGGGACAGGUUGCUUCCAGAGGGGCGCUCAUUGAUGAGCGGAGACUCCUCAUGUUGCGGAGGGAGCGUCUUUUUUUCCACACACGCUGCGUUUGAGUGUCCUGUCUCUGUGGCACAGUCGACUCUACUCUACUUUAUUCUACUCUACCCUACUGUAUUCUACUCUACUCCGAGAGGAGCUUAACCGCCUUCUGAGCCGCCUUUUCCAUGCAGGGAUGUAAGAGGAACACCUGGGAAUUUGCUCCUGGUGCGUGAAGUCAUGGAUGCAGUAAACUCGGACGGCAGUGCUUGAUCAAGAAGGAGGUAAUAUCACAACCGCACGAUGAGCUCCCUCCUGACUCCCCUGCUCCUCCUGCCCUUCGUCCUCUCGUCCUCCCUGCAGCCUCCACACCGCGUCCCCACGCUGGUCCCCCACAGCCCGACCCCUUUGGCACGCUCCCGCUUCAGUGCCCGCACUCGGCUGGACUUUAGCACUCACUGCGACUCCAGCUGCUUCCGCAAAGGACGUGAGGCGGCGGACGAGCUGGCCUUCGAGACGCUCUAUUGGGACGGCUCACGUACGCUCACCACUGUGGAUGUGAGGGGCGAGGACGAGGACGAGGCCCGGGCGAUGCCCAGACGCAAGCGGGUAAGGCGUCAGAUUUACGGCGCCGACGGCCGCUUCAGCAUCCAAGGAGACCACUUCCUCUUGGAUUACCCUUUCUCUGCAGCCGUGCGGAUCUCCACAGGCUGCACCGGCGUCCUGGUGUCACGGUGGCACGUCCUCACUGCCGCCCACUGCGUGCACGACGGCAAGGAUUACGUCAAGGGGGCGCGCAAGCUAAGGGUGGGCUUCCUUAUCCCGCCGUCCGUCAACGGCACCCGAGCCGCCCCGUCGUCCACCCAGAAGCCUCUGGUGCGUUGGGUGCGGGUGAGGCGCACACGUGUGCCCAAGGGCUGGAUCCAGGGCCCACAGGAGGUCAGCAUGGACUUUGACUAUGCCCUGCUGGAGCUACGCUUGCCUCACCGCCGACCCUUCAUGCGCCUGGCGGUGGCGCCCUCCUUGAACGACCUGGCGGGCCGACGCAUCCACUUCUCAGGGUUUGACAGCGACCGACCCGGGGAGCUGGUCUACAGAUUUUGCCCGGUGGAGGAGGAGUCGAGUGACUUGAUCUACCAGCACUGUGACGCCAGACCCGGAGCUAGCGGCUCGGGGGUGUACGGCCGGGUUUGGGACAACUCCUUGGAGCGCUGGGAGAGGAAGGUCAUCGGGAUCUUCUCAGGUCAUCAGUGGCUGGAGAUCGACGGAGAGAACAAGGAUUACAACGUAGCCGUGCGCAUCACUCCUCUCAAGUUUGCUCAGAUCUGCUACUGGGUGCACGGAAACCGUUUGGAUUGUUCCCAAGACUGAACACCGUAAUCCAUCAGAACCAAACAAUGCUCACAUUUUUUGUCGCCUCUGCACCCGUUUAACAAACCUGCCCACGACAUCAGCGCCGCCACAUCUUGUAACAUUUUUACACUAUCUUCCGUUUACUGACAUACUUUACACAGAAUGUUUUACUAAUAUAUCUGUAUGGAUCAACUUUUAUUUUUUAAACUAUAAAACUUAAAGGUUAUGCUCACGUCAGCGUAAGCUCGAGAGACAAGAAUGUUAAUUUUAUUUUUGGAAAAAUGCCUUGAUAUAUUUUAAUAAAGAGAGCUCUAUGACAGCGUUGGCCUCAGGUGUCUUCAUUGGGGUGGAAGAGUGGUGCUUUGGCGCCCUCGUGUGGCCAUAAGGUGCAUUGCGGUUCAAUUCGCUCCUCGUAAACACCAAAUAGUUUUU